AUAUUGUCAAAAAUUUACAGCCGAGGAAUAAUAAUCUACUUGUAGAUGAAGUACAUAUUCUUAUUCUUAUAUCAUCAUCAUCAUCUUUCUAUUUGUUGUUAGUGUGAAAUCUUCACAAUUUCUAUUCUAUGUGGAGCAACCUACCCUUUGAUGUUCUAUCAUCCAUCUUCUCUUUUCUCUCUCCAGAUUCCUUAGCAAGAGCAAGAUCAACUUGCAAGAAUUGGCACACAUGUGGAACUUCCAUAACCAAAUACAAACCUCAUGAGUCUACACCAUGGUUCUUAGCACUACCAAUUCGCAAUUACCAAAAAUCAUGUUGUUAUGCUCACAAUCCCAUCACAAAAAAAUGGCACGAAAUUUCAUUAGAUUUCUUUCCAUUCCAAACAUCACUUAAACCAAUUGGUCCAAUUGGUAGCCUCAUCCUUUUGAAGGUCACAAAUUCAACAACACUUCAACUGGUUCUUUGUAACCCUUUUACAAGACAAUUCAAGUACCUUCCUAAGUUGAAUGUUUCAAGAACAAAUCCAGCUUGUGGAAUUGUUACAAUUUUGGAACCAAAUGAUGUUUGGUGUUUUCCUUGUUUUAGAAUCUACGUGGCCGGGGGCAUGUCCGAAGAUAAACACGGUGGCGCCACAUAUGAACCGACCGUUGAAAUAUAUGAAUCUUGUAUUGACACGUGGAAAAUCGUUGGAUCGAUGCCGGUUGAAUUUUCGGUUAGGCUAACGGUUUGGACACCAAAUGAGAAUGUGUGUAUAGAGGGAACAAGAACAACAACAUUGUAUUGGAUAACCUCAGCUAGGGCAUAUAGUGUAAUGGGAUUUGAUGUUGGGAAUAAUUGUUGGAGGGAAUUUAGUGUGCCUCUUGCAGAUAGGCUUGAAUUUGCUACACUUGUGAGAUGGAAUGGAGGGUUGGGAUUGAUUGGUGGCACGUGUGGUGGAAAUGUUUGUGUUUGGGAAAUGAGUGAAGGGGAUAAAUGGUGUUUGGUUGAUGAGAUGCCAAGUGAAUUAGGGGUGAGAUUGUUGUGUGGGAAGAGAAAUUGGGAGGGUGUUAAGUGUGUAAGUGAUGAUGAUGUAAUUUGUUUGUAUAGAGAACUUGGAUAUGGAAUGGUGAUUUGUAGAAAAGUUGCGAAUAUGGGUCGAUGGGAAUGGCUUUGGGUUGAUGGGUGUGAUUACAUCAAAGGGAAAAAAGUGCUUAAUUGUCCUAUAAGAGGAAUACUUGUUCAUCCAACUCUUGCUUCAUCAUCUAUUUUCUUUUAAAUUAGAAAUGAUAUUUAGGUGUGUUUUUGAGAGGUUUUAUUUGUGUAUGAGUUGCUUAUUGAAAAAAUAAAAUGUAAUUUUGUUAGAAUUCAUUAUGUAGAAAUUUGAAAGAAAUUUAAGGAUUGAAAUAUCAUGAGAAGUUACUAGCAA